AUGACCUUACCACUAGUCCUCGCCAUCGCCAUAGGAGGCGGCGUCCUCCUCUUCAUAUGCCUCGCCUUCUUCCUCAUCGCCCUAGCAGGACGCCGCCACCGAGCCCGCGCCCGAGCCCGAUCGACGACGCCCAGAACAAGACUCGACCUCGACUCGGACGGCGGCUCCAUCCGCACGCCCAGCCCUCGUCCGCGGCGCCUCACGAAGCCGAAGCCGGGCGAGCCGUACGCGGACAUGGUCGAGGUCCAGGGGAAGAAGCAACCUUCCCACCGCUCGCUCUCGUCCAUCAUCAGCGUGCCCCGGAGUAAGAGCUGGAGCGUCUUCAGCAGCACACCUGCGGAAGGUGCUGGCGGGCAGCAGCGCGGGGGACACCUGAGGAGGAAUAACAGCUGGAUCGAUGAGGAUGCGAUUCACGGACCCAGGGUGCAGAGUGAUGGUCGACGGCUGAGUAUCCGCGACAGCUUCAUCCUCCGCACGCCGACGCUACCGGAUCUGUUUGGGCACAAGGGUGAAGGGGAUGGGCAUUUUGACGAUGACUUUGCGAAUUACUCCAUUGAACAUCCUCGACCGGUCAGCAUGCCGGCACAGCGUGGCCAGCCUUUGCGGAUGCCGUUACCGAGAACGGCAUCGUACGAGCUGGCCGAGAAGCUGGCGGCUGCGGCGAGAGGCGGACCGCCCGUGCUUCCAGGCCCACAAGGACCGGUUCCUCGACCGGUGCCGUUGCAGCGGCUGCGGCACAAGACGACGGAGUCGGACCUGGCUGAGAUUUUGCGUUCCACGGAGGAGAGAUUGCAGCUCGGGACACCAACCAACAGCCGGCCGGCCACACGACAGAGGGCUGCAUCGGCAUCAGCUGGUUCGAGUGUCAAGACUCCGCGUGGGUCGCCGACAAAGUCGCAUUCCCCCACAAAGGCCCAGUCGCCGAUCAAGAUCCCGUCACCAGUCAAAUGCCAAUCGCCCGUCCGGUCACGAUCUCCGGCAAAGACCCAAGUGUUGUCGCACGUUGGCCAGGCGUUGGACCUUAAUGCCCAGCGAGCUCGAACACCCAGCCCAUCGAAGCGAAUGGUCAUUCCGAUGCUUGUCCAGACUCCAAGCCACCACAAUAGGAACACUUCGCAGUCUUCGGCCGUCUCAGAUGCGGAUAGCUUAUUUGGCGAAACGACCCCGGAAGUUGAACACAUCUUACCAACAGGAUUGUCGAGCCCCAGCAGACGAUUCGAGCACGAGUCCCCGACCAAGUUGACCGACAACGGUGUAUCGAUAGAAUCCCCUGGCAGCGAUGCCUCAUCGUCUCUGUCAACCUUGUAUAGUGUUAAUGAACCCGAAGAUGACAGCAAAACCGGCGGAACAGGACACACAGACAGUACUCCACGCGGCAGGAAACCCAGGAGCCUAGUCAUCGAUACUCAAAUAUGUGACCCAUUCAUCACACCAGGCCCGCCAGAAGUGCCUCCGAGAAGUCCCAAACGCCAGUCCUCCAGCUUGCCGCCUCUCCGACGCAUGACGCCACCCGAAGAGGAAAUCCUGAACCGCACACCUACGAAGGUGACAUCUGUUGCCAACUCUCCUAUACCGAGACCGUUAGACGUCAUCAAGCGCAGCAGCACCGCCGAUCAACUACAGACACGGUACUCCAUCAUGAUGCAACCAUCUGACCUGGCAGCAUCGCCCGAGACCAUUCGCCCAAAGAGCGUCAUGUCGAUGAAGCCCGUCUUCCUUGUCUCAAGUAACAGCGUUGUGAGCAUGAGAGCCAGCCCUGGCACGUCUCCUGAGGACAAUGGCAGCCGGCCAGCGAUGCCGAAUAAC